AUGGGUGGUGCAACACACAGAAAUCCUCCCGCUGCUGCCAUGCCAGAUAAGAAGAACAAAGGGACCGGGUCAACUACAAUGACCAAGGUCACUGAUGGCGCAACAGAUGAAUUCGAGUUUGGUGGUUCAUUUGGUGCUGCUUCGUUGAUGAUAGGCUUCCCCUUGCUGAUGUGGUACAUGUGGAUAGGUGCAACAUACUACGAUGGCCAACUUCCGAUCCCUGCACCUGACCAGACUUGGACUGAGUUUGUCUGCCACAUAUGUCAACUCGUCUAUGAUGGAGCUUAUCCAACCGCCAAAUCCUGGGCUAUCUACUGGAUAUUUUUCUUCUUACAGGCCCUUAUGUACUGCUACAUGCCCGGUGUAUCUAACUACGGUCGACCACUCCGUCACGAAGGAGGCAAGAGACUUCCCUACUACUGCUCCGCCUACAUCAGCUUCUAUUCCACGCUCGCUAUCGCCGCCGUCCUGCAUGUCACCCGUAUAUUCCCUUUAUACACGCUGAUUGACGAGUUCGGCUCUAUUAUGACCGUCGCUAUCCUAUCUGGCUUUCUGAGCAGCUUCAUCGUUUACAUCCAAGCUAUUGUGCGCGGACGAACACAUAGACUUACAGGAUAUCCCAUAUACGACUUCUUCAUGGGCGCCGAGCUGAAUCCUCGUAUCGGCAUCUUGGACUUUAAAAUGUUCUACGAGGUGAGGAUCCCGUGGUUCAUCCUGUUCCUCAUUACCUGCUCCGUGGCUGCUCGCCAGUACGACAUGUACGGUUAUGUUUCCGCCGAGGUGGCCUUCUUGGCCGCCGCGCAUUACUUAUACACCAACGCAUGUGCUAAAGCGGAGCAGAUGAUCAUUACAAGCUGGGAUAUGUAUUUUGAAAAACUGGGCUUCAUGCUCACUUUCUGGAAUAUGGCCGGCGUGCCAUUCACUUAUUGCCACUGUGCUCUAUACCUGGCCACACAUGACCCGUCCGAAUAUCACUGGAAUCCAUACGCUUUAACCGUGCUCAGUGUUUUUUACCUUUUCUUCUACUGGAUGUGGGAUAGUGCCAAUGGCCAGAAGAACGCAUUCCGCCACAAGGAAAAGGGCCAGCUUGUCAAACGGAACACCUUCCCCCAAGUGCCGUGGCAAGCUAUCGAGAACCCCAAGGUUAUCGAAACGAGUACGGGCGAUAGUAUUAUGGUCGAUGGAUGGUUUGCAAUUAUCCGAAAGCCUAACUACGUCCCGGAUAUGUUCUUUUCUAUGUCAUGGGGCCUAAUCACCGGGUUUAAGUAG